AUGUGCAAAUCCUUCCACAACCUCUACACCUGCGGCCACGCCAGCAAACCCCAAAUCGACUUCUGUCCCCUCUCCACCCCCUCAAGGUCCACCCGCGCCCACUUCGAAUCCCGCCAACCCUGCGACCUGAUAAACAAACAACCCAUGGAAGGUCGCAGAAAAGAGUACUGUUGCAAGCCCGCGUGCUGCGAGAAGAAAGUCGCAGAAGUCAAACUCAAAUCGGAUCUUGUGAAGCGGAAACUCGAGAAGCAGAAGGGGAGUAAGCGGAAAAGUCAGGAUUUGGGGGAGAUGAAAAAAUUGGAGGAGGAGUUUGAACGUAGGGCUCGAGAGUGGAUUUCGGAGAAGGGGGUUCAUGGGGGGUGUAGGGAGAGGAGGAAUGGGGAUGAUGAGUGA